CUCCUCCUCAGCCCCUCACUCCUCCUUGAAAGCUCCCGCUCUCACCAUCAGCUGGGGAUGUCUGGUUCUCGGGAAUGGCAGCGACGGACGCUCUUUAUUCGCGCCCCUUAAAACCCAUUCUUCCUGGCAGCAGGGACAACGCCGCUUCCAAAACAAACAUCGGCUCGCAUCCGUCGGGGCUCCACGGCGGAAAAUAAAACGGGUUGUUGAAGAUGAUUUGGUUGGAAGUGGGAUUUGGGGAGCUGAUGCCACAAUGAAGACAUACACACAUGGAGUACCAGUCAUAUUUUUCAUAAAUUUCUUCUCCCUAUUGGCACAUACUACAAAUGAAAAACCUGGUGGCAGCAUCCACUUUAUGAAUGGGAAUUAUGAUGGUCACCCCAUGCUGUACUUCAGUAAAGGAGAUGUGGAGGAUCUGCGGCUCAAGGCAAAAAGUACUCACCGGCACAUUGCGAACAGUAUUUGGGAUGCAGUACAGAUCAUGCUAUCAAAUCCAAAGGAAUACCUACCUCCCUGGGACCCUAAACAUUUUAGCGCUCGAUGGAAUGAAAUCUAUGGCAACAACCUGGGCGUACUAUCCAUGUUCUGUGUAUUGUUUCCAGAAAGAACAGAUGCUGUGGAGUUUGCCAUGGACUACAUGGCGAGGAUGGCAUCUCAGCCUAGUUGGCUUGUCAAGGAUGCUGCAUGGGAUGAGGUUCCACUCGCUCACUCACUAGUGAGUUUUGCCACUGCUUAUGACUUCCUGUACGACCAUUUGAACAAAACUCAACAGGAGAGAUAUUUAGAAGUCAUCAGUGAUGCCUCUCAGUAUAUGUAUGAAAAGUCUUACAGCCGUGGAUGGGGAUUUCAGUAUCUACACAACCAUCAACCUACCAAUUGUGUGGCCUUGUUGACAGGAAGCCUGGUUCUCUUAAAUCAAGGUUUCCUCCAAGAAGCUUAUUUAUGGGCAAAACAAGUUAUCAUUAUUCUGGAGAGGUCGAUGGUCUUACUGAAGGAUAUUAAGGAUGGAUCCUUGAAUGAAGGUGUGGCUUAUGGUAGUUACACCACAAGAUCUCUAUUCCAGUACAUGUUUCUGGUGAAAAGACAUUUCAACAUCAGUCACUUCAACCACCCAUGGGUUAAGCAGCAUUUUGCAUUCUACUAUAGGACUGUGCUUCCAGGUUUUCAAAGAACUGUGGCUAUUGCAGAUUCAAACUACAACUGGUUUUAUGGGCCUGAGAGCCAGUUGGUGUUUCUGGAUACCUAUGUCAUGCGAAAUGGCAGUGGCAACUGGUUGGCAGAGCAGGUCAGAAAGAAUCGAAUUCAGCGGGGACCAGGCACACCAGCCAAAGCACAGCGAUGGUGCACACUCCACACAGAGUUUCUGUGGUACGAUAGCUCCUUGACUCCAGUCCCACCUACUGAUUAUGGGUUACCAAAAUUACACUAUUUUGAUGAUUGGGGAGUCGUGACCUAUGGAGGUGCUUUACCAGCAGGAGUUAAUCGCCCCUUCCUGUCCUUCAAAUCAGGUAAACUGGGAGGCCGUGCGAUUUACGAUAUCGUUCAUGAAAAGAAAUAUUCGCAGUGGAUUCGUGGAUGGGCGAAUUUUAAUGCCGGACAUGAACAUCCUGAUCAGAACUCUUUCACUUUUGUGCCUAAUGGUGUGCCUUUCAUCACAGAGGCCUUGUAUGGCCCAAAAUACACCUUCCUCAACAAUGCUUUAAUGUUCUCUCCAGCCACAUCAGAUACUUGUUUCAAGAAUUGGGAAGGGCAAGUGACAGAAGCAUGCAACUCAAAGUGGUUGAAAUAUAAAAAUGGUAUUUCUGGGGAUUGUCGCGGUCAAGUCAUUGCAGCUUUGGAGCAAAAUGGUGUGGUCUUCAUCCGAGGAGAGGCAGUGGGGGCUUACAGUCCUAGCCUGAAACUGAAGAGUUCCCAAAGGAAUCUCCUCCUCCUGGAACCCCAGCUUUUACUAUUAGUGGAUCAAAUCCACUUGGAAGAAGAUAGCCCACUUGAGAAAAUGAGUGCAUUUUUCCAUAACACAGAUGUGGCCUUUGAGGAAACCUCUAAAGAUGGAGUAAAUGGAGCAUUUGUUCAACAAAAGGAUGGCCAGUAUUCAAUGUUCUGGAUGGAUGAUAAAGGCAAAAGUGAAAAGGCCACAAUGGCAUUCAAGGCAUACCCUCGUGGAUACUCAUACAAUGGAACGCAUUAUGUGAAUGUUACAACCACACUGAGGUACCCAGUAACUAGAACAGCCUAUAUCUUCUUUGGGCCUUCAGUGGAGAUUCAAAGCUUUAGCAUUCGAGGAGAUUUGGAUCGAGUUGAUAUCUUUCUAGCAACAAAUGAAAAAACCUAUACAGUUUACCUCUUGACUGGGCAGACUGCUGUGAAACCACUUUUUGCUAUGGUACUAGCUGACCACCAGAAAAUUGUUUUUGACAGGGCUUCUGCUAUCAGGGAUGUUUCAGUGCAGGAAGCACAAGAUUACAUGAAUGCUGUUGAGGAAAAUCUUCAGCAUGCAAAGCCAGUUUUUCAGCAGUUGGAGAAACAGAUCUUGGCCCGAGUCUUGAACACUGAUAAUUUCCGAAAGACUGCUGAGCGUCUUUUAAAACAAUCAGACAAAAGGAAGACGGAGGAAGCCAUUGAAAAGUUUUUUUCCGUUUCAUUUAAACAAAGCAAGACAAAAAAAAGAAAAGGAAAAGGCGACAAUGUUAAAGUUUCCAACAGCCUUCCAAAUAUUUUUGCACAAAUUGAAAUGACUGAGAAAAGAGAGCGACAGAAGUUAUUGCAGCAAAUGCGAGAAGAAACCUCCGAUGAGAGAAAUGACAAUGUGAGAGAGAUUUUUGAUUUUGUGGAUGAUUCUUAUUCAAAACAAGAACAAGGCACAAACAAAAAUGUAAAACAUGGUUAUGUCAAACCGGGAACCACUGUUCGAAGCACUGCACAAUCCCUUUCAGCUUCCUACACAAGAGUCUUCUUAAUUUUAAAUAUUGCAACUUUCUUUUUCCUAUUAGCUUUACAACUAAUUCGGUUUCAGAAAGCUCCAAGCUUGCAUGCCCAAAGAUUUCUAUAUGCAGUGCUUCUUUUGGAUAGCUUUGUGCUACUUUGCUUGUAUUCUUCUUGUUCCCAAGCACAGUGCUAGAUCAUGGAAACCACCUCAUGAAAGAGCAAAUAUAUACAGAAAUGUUACUAAAUGAUGUACUUAAUGCAAGUACAAGAUUUGCACAUAAAGAUUUUUGUUUAAAAAGGUAUUUAACAGGAAAUCCAAAGAUUCAAGAGAUCAUCAUUACUAGUGGAAACUCUGUUAUGUGCACUCCUGUUAACUACCAGAAUUUCCCCAGAAGGCAGCUUUGGGUGAUUUUGUCUCAUUGCAUAGCUACUUUUUUAAUCUGAGCUUUCUCUUUUUCCACUUAGUGGAUUGAAUCAUAUAAUGUUUCUUUAAGUUCUUUGUACUGUAUUUGUUUUCAUUCCUAUUUCUUAGCAUACUGCAGUGUAAAACCAGAGCGUUGGGAAGUUUUGAUAAUCUGCCUGCCUUCAUAAUCACCAGGAAAGUUUCCUUCAUCAGAUUGUUUCAAGGCAUUCUAUCAAACUAAAAUGUACAGGAUAUUGAACAAGACAUUGUUUUAUUGUUUUGAUUUUGACUUUUUUCACUAUGUAUUUUUGAGAUAUAUAUACUUGUGUGUGAAUACUAUUCAGGUGGAACUGUACCUUCGCUUUAAUUGUAAGGGUUCUGUGUUAUUUUGUCACGAUUCCUCUGGUUACUAUUGAAAUCUAUGUGAGAAGCAUUGCCUUUGUCUGCUGUUUCCAGCUGGAUCAAUCAGUUUGUCAUUCUUUCCACUGAUCACUCAUUAAAGCACAAAUGUU